UUGUGGCGGUGCCAGCCCGCGUGAGCGAGUGUGUGCGCAUUGCCUGCGCCUGGGCGGGCGGACCCGGAGCAGUAGUGCGAUUCGCCCGGGAGGCGGCUCCGCAGAGGCGUCUCGCUCGCCGCCGCCGAGGGGCGGCUUUGCAAACUUGCGGCGGGCUCCAGGCGCCCGGGGACCCGCGGGCGAAGGUGCGGGGCGCGGUGCACGCCGAAGACUAGGGCUGCGGGGCCGGGCCGAGCCUUCGCCCUUGGCCCGCGCCCUGGCGAGCCUCAUGCAGCCCCUGUGCUCGGCACCGCAGCUGCCCCGGGAAGGUCCGGGUCCCGAACCCUGCACCGCAGCGCCCGAGCGUCUGCCGCCCGGCGGCGGGAUGCUCCGUGUCGCCUGAGAACGCCGCGCCCGCGUGCGAGAGGAGCCGGCUGGAGUCCGGAGCCUCAGGGAUCGCGAGGAGCCCCACGCCACAGCCGCCGCCGCCGCCGCCGCCGCCACCGGCGCCCGUCUUCUCGGCUCCUCUCGUAGGCCCCGGCUCCGCCAGCCCCCGAGUGCGGCGGGGCAGCCAGACAGCCGCUCUCUUCGGCGGCAGGGGCAUGGAGGAGCGGCGGGCUCCGAGCCGCGCCCCGGAGUCCCCGAAACUUCCGAGCAGGCGCCCGAUCGCGCCGCUGCCGCCGCAGCCACCUCACCUGCCGGCCUGAGAGCGGGACCAUGGAUGAAAGGUUCAACAAGUGGCUGCUGACGCCGGUGCUCACUCUCCUCUUCGUGGUCAUCAUGUACCAGUACGUGUCCCCUUCCUGCACCAGCUCCUGCACCAACUUCGGGGAGCAGCUCCGCUCCGGGGAGGCCCGCCCGCCCGCUGUCCCGAGUCCCGCCCGACGGGCACAGGCUCCGCCGGAGGAGUGGGAGCGGCGGCCCCAGCUGCCACCGCCACCCCGGGGACCGCCCGAGGGGUCUCGUGGCGUCGCGGCUCCCGAGGACGAGGAUGAGGAUCCGGGGGACCCGGAGGAAGAGGAGGAGGAAGAAGAGGAGGAGCCGGACCCCGAGGCGCCCGAAAACGGCUCCCUGCCCCGCUUCGUGCCGCGCUUCAACUUCACCCUGAAGGACCUGACCCGCUUCGUGGACUUCAACAUCAAAGGGCGGGAUGUGAUCGUCUUCCUGCACAUCCAGAAGACCGGGGGCACCACGUUCGGCAGGCACCUGGUGAAGAACAUUCGUCUGGAGCAGCCAUGCAGCUGCAAAGCUGGCCAGAAAAAGUGCACCUGCCACCGGCCGGGCAAGAAGGAGACCUGGCUCUUCUCCCGCUUCUCCACCGGCUGGAGCUGCGGGCUGCACGCCGACUGGACCGAGCUCACCAACUGCGUGCCAGCCAUCAUGGAGAAGAAGGAUUGUCCCCGCAACCACAGCCACACGAGGAAUUUCUACUACAUCACAAUGUUGCGGGACCCAGUGUCACGUUACCUGAGUGAAUGGAAACAUGUCCAGAGAGGGGCCACAUGGAAAACCUCUCUCCAUAUGUGUGAUGGAAGGAGCCCCACCCCUGAUGAGCUGCCUACCUGCUAUCCUGGGGAUGACUGGUCUGGGGUCAGCUUGCGGGAGUUCAUGGAUUGUAGCUACAACCUGGCCAACAACCGCCAAGUGCGUAUGCUGGCUGACCUCAGCCUGGUGGGCUGCUACAACUUGACUUUCAUGAAUGAGAGUGAGCGAAACACCAUCCUGCUGCAGAGUGCUAAGAACAAUCUAAAGAACAUGGCCUUCUUUGGGCUCACCGAAUUCCAGAGGAAGACACAAUUUCUCUUUGAGAGGACAUUCAACCUGAAAUUCAUCUCUCCUUUCACACAGUUCAACAUCACACGGGCUUCCAAUGUGGACAUCAAUGAUGGAGCCCGUCAGCACAUUGAGGAGUUGAAUUUCCUGGACAUGCAGCUUUAUGAGUAUGCAAAGGAUCUCUUCCAGCAACGCUACCAUCACACCAAACAGCUAGAACACCAGAGGGACCGCCAAAAGAGGCGUGAGGAGCGGAGGCUGCAGCGAGAGCACAGAGCACAUCGGUGGCCCAAAGAGGACAGGGCCAUCGAAGGGACUGUCACUGAGGACUACAACAGCCAGGUGGUUAGAUGGUGACCCUCUGCCUGCUCCUCUUUAUGAAGGGGGAUAAGCAGGCACCUCCUCCUUCUCUUGGAUUACUUGGAAGAAGUUGGGCCAUGAUGAGAACCUCCAGCUUUAUGUGACUUAAUUUGGACACCUGCUUGCUCUUUGUCUUCAUUUUCAAUCCAGCUGGAGAUUUUCCAUCCUGUUCUUCUUUUCUAGACAUUUUCUGAUCACUGAUAUUGAGUGGGGGUGGAAAUAUAUCCAAAAGACCACUGUAGAAGGGGUCAGGAAAGAGGCUUCAGAGAGGACAAAGUUUGUAGUAUCUUUGCCACUCCCAACGGGUCAGCUUGGGAUCCUGGAACCCACAGAAGCACACAGGAAAACCAUGGAUGCUCUGCUGAAUGCAGCAUGUUUCGCCCAAUAGAACUUUGGUCUGUUUAUAGAAAGAGAGAAAGACCCUUUUGUCCUUGUCCUUGGAUGAUCCUCUCACACAGUUUUGAAUUUGGGAACCGUUCACAUGAGGUUUAAAUCAUGAAUAACAUAAUUCAUCUCUACAGUCGCUUUUAAACAAAAUUACUAUGAAAUUGACCAUAGCUAGAUACCACUAGGCUACAAUGUUGGAGAUCAAAGCCCUAAGGCACAUGUCCACUCUACCUUUUAGGGAACAAGGAGUAGACACAAGGCAGGGCUAGUUGUGGCCCUGAGAAAUGAAUACUGGCGGGCCAUCUUGGGAGAUACACUCAAUUAGUAAUGACCAACGAGAUUGUACUUUACUAUUGUUCAUCUUCCAGAUAAAGAAUAAAUAAAAAAAAUUAAAAGAGCAAGAUCAAGGAAACCAGGAGGAAAACCUCCAUGUUUCAAACUAGCUUAUGACCUUAGCUGUUGAAAAAAUGGCAGACUUUUACCUUUGAGGAGCAGUUACCUUCUCAGCCAGGGUCAGAAUUCUGCUAUCACAAAAGAAAAGAUGUCGUCAAAGAACUUGGCUUAAAGUAUAGGAGCUAAAACAAUGAGCACAUGUAAUACAUUCCAGGUCAAUAAAUGAAUGGGGCCAGGAGAUUCAGCACGGAAUCCACGAGACCAUUAUAUCAGGUGUUCGGAAGGAUCCUGCACCUGAAAUUUGCAGUGUCUCUAAACCACUAUCUUCCUACAUGAUUAUUGCCUGUUCUAUGGCUACAGCCAGAAAACCAAGCUACUGUGUACAAAAUUGGACCAAAAAUAUGCUGUAUUGCCCUAGGCUUCUUGGUUUUGCCCGUUCAGUCCAUAGCAGCAAUCAUUGCGCUGGAAAGGAAUAGGAAGGGGGGAAUAGAAAGCCUUCAGCUCACAUUCCCCCGGAAGAUCAGAGAAGGUAGAAGUUUUACAACACAUUGAUAAGAUCAAUCCUUUUAAGCAGCUGAAGGCCAAAGGCUUGAGACCCCUGAAUUAUAUCCAAAGCCUAUUUCAUUGAUGUCCUACACAUUUGAUGCUUAAGCCAGCUUUACAUAAGCCACUUCUCAGACUUUAGAAUGCUUUCUUUGGGGCUGAAAAGCCAUCAUGCCCCAAUAUGACAUCAUUACAUGGCCUUCUUGGGUCAUGUUCUAAGAGAAGCCUCAUGCUGCACCAUGAAUAUAUCCAGACUAACCAGGUACAUAUUGCUAAUCUUCAUUAUAUAGCAGAGAAAAUGAAGAUCACAGAUGGAAUGAGGUUUCCAUGGAGAUCACGAGAUAGACCUUACUCUCCACAGAGCACAUUAUCCAUAUCUACAUUAUGCUUCACAUGUAGUGUAGAUCUCCCUGCCAUUUAUAACAGAAGCCAGAUGUUAUUAGUCUGAAGUAGUAGUUCCUGAUCUACAAAGAUGGCAUAAUGCGAUGAGACUACACUGCAGGGAUCCCGAGCCCUUCUCCUCAGGUUGAGUCUUCCCUCAUCUCCAUCACACUAGUGAGCUGGAGAGAUGGAUAACUUCUUUUGCAACUGUAAUUUUUGAGCUACACACAGAUGUAAGUUUAAAGUGGACAAUUAGUGGCUAUUUAGUUGGUAGAUAUGAGACCUCUCAAAACAUACGUGGGUCUCUUAAUGAUGAUUGGCUUUGGAAGAGCAGAGAGGGAACGGUACAGCAGGCAUGGAUGAGAGCACAUUCAGUUGUUAAGAUCCAAUGGUCUGCCAGAAAAGGAAACCUAAAAACGUUGACUCUUCUAUCAAUUGUGUGUGUGAUAAACACACACAGACACACACACACACACACACACACACACACAUCUUCAGGAUUUUUUCAAGUAGAAAAAUCAAAGCAAGCUAGAAAGCAUCAGAUUGAUUCUUUUAAACUUACCAUAGAUCUUGUCAAGGGCUUCUUGGAGGCAGCCCCUUCUACCUUCACCCUUCAUACUAUGCCUCUGGGACCUUGGGGCUUAUAUCAGAAAGCUCACUGACACCCCACUCCUGAAUGUACCGGAGGAAGGGUAUGGCCUUCCUGCUAGAUGAGAGCAGAGAGCAAGAUGAUGUGAGGAGACACCAUCUCAGGCCAGUGCUAAUUGAAUUGGAAAGACUAGCAAGGCCUCUGUACCCAUAUGGCUCCAUUUGCGAGCAUCAUAGUUGUCAUGUCCCCAGGGUCCUGCAUUGAUAGAAAUGGAGAGGUAGGAUGUAGAGUGUUCUCUGGAGACUGAAUGCCUAGUCUCAUAUCUACCAACUAAAUAGCCAUCCAUGAUGUGUACUGCUGUAGGAAGCAACAGUCCCAGGAAGCUAAGGAUGUAUGGGAAGUCUUAUGUCCCAACACACAUCAACUCUAAGCCUUAGAAGAGGAACAAUUGCUAGGUCACCUCCACUUUCUGUGAGUCCUCCAGCUCCCAGUCAGGCAUUUCUUCCUUCCCUUCUCUUGGCAGAAGCAGCAUGAGAAAGUGGGUUGGCAUAUAUAUGGUGUGUGUGUGUGUGUGUGUGUGUGUGUGUAUGUGUGUAUGUUCGUUCACAGUUUGGGGAGGUGUAAGGGGUGUCUAUUUACAUACUAUGAGGUUACAUAUGUGUGUGUGUGUGUCUGUCUACCUGUUCAUGUUCUUAUAGUGUGUGGUAUGUCUAACUCUGUGUGUGUGUGUGUGUGUGUGUGUGUGUGUGUGUGUGCGUGUGCGUGUAUCACAUGCAUUUUAUUCGCAUUUUGUUAUGGGCUAAGACAGACUCUUUUGUGUGUCCUUCUAGUUUCCUUGAUACUGGAGAAAAUAACUGAUAACCCUACCAAAUCAAUGUUGGCAACACUUAAAGAAAACUAUGAGUUACUAAAAACAUGAAGAUGCUGCUCUAUCAAAAACAUACUCA